CAAACACAAGCUCUUCUACCAACCCUUCGGUCGGGAACAUUUCCUGUUGUUGUUUUUAUGACACAUACGUAUAACUGCGGUCGCGAGUGAUUAUGUGGUUAUCGCGGAAACUCCUCGGCCUCGCGACGCCAAACGCAACUGGUGGAGUUAACACACGGUGUAUGGCUGCAGACGGCGGAGCAAAACGGAUGGGAGCCGUAACGCAGCGGACAGUAUCCAGUGGAAAUUCGGGGUGCGGGCUGCAGCUCCUGCUCGGCUGGGAAUGCAGAGUGUGAGGAGAGGAGAGAGGAGAGAAGAGGAGAGGAGAGGAGAGCAGAGCACCUUGCCCUGAUCAUCUGACGGCAGACGGCUCCUCCCCGCUUCCCUCCAGUCUGAUACGCACAGCGGCGGCUCGGGCACAACUCUGCCCGCCUUUCUACACACGGGCUCGUCUGCGUGAGCCGGAGACGGAGUCGAGUUCUCCACUUUGAAUAAACGAGGACUCCGUCAAACCCCCCCCCCCCACCCCCCUCCUCCACCUCCACCUCCACCUCCACCACCCGGUGUCUGCUUUCAAAUGAAUCAGUGAUGAGAGUGGCCGAGAGCGAGGACGGACGCUUUUCUUCUGCGUGGACCGGCACAAAAGUGCGCUUCCUCCGUGGUUCAGCAUCACCAUCCUCCUCGGCACCACCACCAUCAUCAUCAUCACCAUCCUCAUCCUCCGCUCCUGAGAUCAACCCGAACCCAAGAGGCGCGCUGAGAUCCUCGCCGAAGCCCCCUGCGAGAUGUGCUGUGGACUGCCGAUGAUUUCUCCUCCUCCUCCGGGUCAAAUUCAAUGGCAGACAAAGACUGCUCUCGUAACCACUGAGCUCAGAAAGACAGAUCUUGUCCGAAGCUAAACCGCUCUCCUUUUCUCGCUUCGCUCUCUUGGCCACUUCGCUCUUCAUCCCAUCACCAUGGCGUCUUUCCUGGCAUCUGCCUUUCUUCUGGUUCUCCAGACAUAUGCUGCCCCGUCUGAGUUUGUCCAGGCUGGAUAUGGCAUAACGCUGGACCCGAUGGACCUCGAUGCUGGGCUACCAGCCAAUGUCUCUGAAGAUGUGCCCUCAUCUCCACCCCCAGGGACUAGUAAAAGAGCCCCUCAUAGUAUCAUCAUUGGGGUACGCAAGGGGGGGACGAGAGCGCUGCUGGAGAUGCUAGACAUACACCCUGAGGUUGCCGCUGCUGCCACCGAGGUGCACUUCUUUGACUGGGAUGAGAACUACGCCAAGGGCUUUGAGUGGUACCGUGACUUGAUGCCGUACUCUUACCCACAUCAGAUCACAGUGGAGAAAACCCCAGGGUACUUCACCUCAGCCCUCGCACCAGAACGCAUCUGCGCCAUGAACUCGUCCAUAAAGCUGCUGCUGAUCUUGCGAGAUCCAGCCGAGCGGGUCAUUUCUGACUACACCCAGGUGUACUUCAACCGGCUGGAGAACCACAAGCCGGUGCAAGCCAUUGAGAACCUGCUUGUGCGCAAUGGAGCUUUGAAUAUGCGGUACAAGGCCAUUCAAAGGAGCCUCUACGACGUUCACAUGCGCAACUGGCUGCGCCACUUCCCCCUGGAACAGAUACACAUCGUCGACGGGGACGCUCUCAUCCGUGACCCCUUGCCUGAACUUCAGAAAGUGGAGCGCUUCCUCAACCUGCCCCCAAGGAUAGUUUCCUCCAACUUCUACUUCAACCAGACCAAGGGGUUCUACUGUAUCCGAAGCGACGGUAGAGAGCGCUGUCUGCAUGAAUCUAAGGGACGUCCUCACCCAGCCGUCAACAGCACCGUCCUCCAGCAGCUACGCACCUACCUGCAGGAGCACAACCGAACCUUCUUCAGGCUGGUGAAGCGUACCUUCGACUGGCAAUAAGGAACCCGGAUCAAAAAUCGGACUCAAGGGAGCCACUACCUUGUCUGUGAUGAGGUCAAAAAAGAGGGCAUGAAGCACUUUACAGACCUGAGAUUUAAAAAAAACCCCUCUGAAUAACCUCUUAAUAACUACUGUUGUGAUCUCUGGUUUCAGCAGAGCAGUUCUAUAUUCACACGAUAGGGUAAAAAAGAAAAAAAGAAGAAAAAAAAAAACUGUAACUAGAGGCGUAAGAUUAAACGGAAGAAAACUCCAAGCUUAAUAAGUCAUUCUCUCUGUGCUGGAAGCGUUUAAGUGAUCAAAUUGCAGCGAAAACAAGUUUGUGAAACUGAUGAACUUUUUUUUCCCUCCCUCUUGUUUGAUAUUCUCGUUCUUGAUAAUAAAUUGUUCUGCUUUCAAAUGUACUGGAAAA